AUGGCUAAUGCGGAACCGGGAGUCCGCUAUGAGAUUGAAGAACGGGAUGAGGCCGGGAAUGUGGUAGCGACGUAUAUCUCCGAUGAAGGGGGACAAAGAGUCGAUGUUAUUGGCAAGCAACAGCAGCCACAAGACGCAAAAGGCUACGCGCAACGCGUGCUCGAUGUGUUUUUGCCCGCGGGCUAUCCGCAUAGCGUAACGGAGGAUUAUAUCCAGUAUCAGAUUUAUGAUUCUCUCCAGGCAUUCUCCUCGUCGAUUGCGAGCAUGUUGGCUUCCCGCGCUGUACUUGAAGGUAAGCUCCGUUUUCAGCUGUUUCGGGUUCAUGUUUGGAUCGAUGUUGUUCAGUCGCGCUCGUUUAGUCAAUCUAUCUGUCGCUAUGGCGUUAAUAGCGUUCCCGCUUCUGGGCUCUGGGGUGGUCUUGGUGCUGCGAGGCUCGAUAGACCUUUUCGGAACCAUGUCCCUUUUCUUCCCGUGGCAGCUUGUGGGAAGAUUGCCGACGAGCAUCCCUGCACUUUCAUUAACAGACUCGCAGGUGUGGGAGUAGGAGACGCAAAUGCCUCUCCCACUGCAGCCUUGCUACUUUCGGUAUUGCAAGACUCCAUGGGCCGUACAGCGACCAUUCUCUUCGCAGACAGAUUAGGCACCGCAUUUGAGCCAGAAUGCAAAAUGUACCGUUUUACGGCCGACAUCUUAAACGAUACAGGCAUGGUCCUCGAAUGUCUUUCCCCUGCGUUUCCAAAACCGAUCCGCGUGUGCGUCCUGAGCUGUUCCAGUGUCCUUCGCUCGCUGUGCGGGGUCUGCGCAGGUUCCGCAAAAGCAAGUCUGAGCGCGCACUUUGCGCGCAAAGGAAAUCUGGGAGAAGUCAAUGCGAAAGAUUCGAGCCAAGAGACGGUAAUAUCGCUGCUUGGAAUGUUGGCCGGUAGCGUUGUAGUAUCCUGGAUCUCCUCACCCAUGGCGACAUGGUCAACUCUUAUCGGGCUACUUGCCAUUCACCUGGCGACAAAUUACGCCGCAGUCAGGGCAGUCAGCAUGCGCUGCUUGAACCGGCAGCGAGCGAAUAUUCUAUUCAGCCGUCUUCUGGAACACGGACAGCUUCUCAGCCCACUUGAAGUAUCUCGCCGUGAACGCGUAUUCGAACACGAUGGCGUAUUGCGCUGGUCAGACGACAUGGCCAUUGGCUACUGCAGAAUAGGCGUAUCGCUGCAGACACUGCUGAGCCACAUGGGUCUUCGCAACGCACGAACAGGCUCCUUGCAUUUACGCGGAGCUGAAAUAUCCGAACUUUUGCACGUCUUCGUCGACGAGGCGUACAUUCUUUGGCCAGCCUCAUCUGCAGGCCAUUUCCUCAUCGUGCUCAAAGAGGGUUGUACACCGAUGGAUCAGCUCAAAGCAUGGGCGCACGCCCUGUUGCUUGCGAAAGGGUAUUCAUUGCCUGGGGCUAAGUCGGUAGUUGACCAGACAUCUCUGGCGGGGAAUCGCCUUGCUGAUGUGAGACGGACGCUGGCGGAUACGCGGACCAUGUUCGAGAAGUAUUCCGGAGCAAUGAGAGAUGCAGGGUGGGAUCUGAACAUUGCUGCCCUGGAGACCCUGGGCGGGACUAGAGUGAAGAUGAAACGACACCAGAAAAGGUAA